ACUGCGAGGAUGGGGGCAUUAGAGUGGAGCAGAGCACACAUACGAGAAGAGGGUAUGUGCGCGCGCCAGAGCUCAGAGCUGGCCACAUCCGCCACCGUGAAGGGAUCAAAUCUGGACCAUCUGACGCGCAAGGAUUUAUGGCUUUAGUCAAAAUUGCUUUUCCCACUGCGCAGAUUAAGCACCGCACGCGCGGAGGGGAGCAGGGGAAUGCGCGAGGGGGACACCGGAGCGCUCUGGGAUUCGGAGGGGAGUGAUUUUUGAGGAGAGGCUCGUCCUCCGCGGAACAAUGCAGGUGGAUGCUGUGCUGGCGCUGCUCUGUGUUUGGUUCGUCUCCGGAGCCACAGGGAAGAUGAGCCAGACCAGGGGUCACAAGCUGGAAACCUACAAACAAAGCAGGUCACGAAGAGAAGCUCGCAUGGAUGACGCUGGAGGCCGCAAAACUGGAGGUCCCAUCUACAAACGCAGUCCGGACAUGACCAAGUCGCUGAUGACUAAAUCUGAGCAGCUUCUGAGAAUAGACGAUCAUGACUUCACCAUGAGGCCUGCUUUCGGAGGUCCUCCCAUUCCUGUUGGAGUAGAUGUCCAGGUUGAAAGUCUGGACACAAUCUCAGAGGUGGAUAUGGACUUCACCAUGACCCUGUACCUGCGUCACUACUGGAAGGACGAGCGGCUGUCAUUCCCAAGCACCAAUAACCAGAGCAUGACAUUUGACUCACGGCUGGUGAAGAAGAUCUGGGUGCCUGACAUGUUCUUCGUGCACUCCAAACGCUCUUUCAUUCACGACACCACCACGGACAACGUGAUGCUGCGCGUCUACCCCGAUGGGAACGUGCUCUACAGCCUCAGAGUCACAGUUACAGCGAUGUGCAAUAUGGACCUGAGCCGCUUCCCCCUGGACACACAAACGUGCUCGCUGGAGAUUGAGAGCUAUGCAUACACAGACGAUGACCUCAUGCUUUACUGGAAAAAAGGCAACGAGUCUCUGAAUACUGAUGACAGAAUCUCUCUGUCCCAGUUUCUCAUUCAGAAGUUCCACACCACCACCAAGCUGGCCUUUUACAGCAGCACAGGUUGGUAUAAUCGUCUCUACAUCCACUUCACUCUGAGGCGCCACAUCUUCUUCUUCCUGCUGCAGACGUACUUCCCGGCCACGCUCAUGGUCAUGCUGUCCUGGGUGUCCUUCUGGAUCGACCGGAGAGCUGUGCCUGCCAGGGUGCCUCUAGGCAUAACCACGGUGCUGACCAUGUCCACCAUCAUCACGGGGGUGAACGCCUCCAUGCCGCGGGUGUCCUACAUUAAAGCUGUGGACAUCUAUCUGUGGGUCAGCUUCGUCUUUGUGUUUCUGUCGGUCAUAGAGUACGCUGCGGUCAACUACCUCUCCACUGUGCAGGAGAGGAAAGAAAGGAAGCUACGUGAGAGGUUGCCAUGCACGUGUGGUAUCGGCAAUCCGGACGAGAUAAUGAUAGACCCCCAGAUCACGGGCUACGGCUCAAUGGACCCUAACACCACAGGGCAUUAUGGGAUGCCUGAGAACGGCGGGCGACAGGAGCGCAUGUUAGCCCAAGUAGCACUGAGCGACCCGCAGCUCACCGGCCACGUGAAAGCGAGGGGCUACGUGAACAUUUGGAUCGACACACACGCCAUAGACAAGUACUCCAGAGUGGUCUUUCCCGGAGCGUACAUUCUCUUUAAUAUCAUCUACUGGUCCAUAUAUUCCUAAUGAUGGUCCAAAUGGUGAUGAGGCAAUCGCUGAGUGGAUUUAAGGCACGGGGGCCUCAACAGAUGGAUCUUUGCCUUCUUGACCCAGCCUCUUAAAACUGAUGGACUGCUCUGAGCUCCUGAUAAGCACUUCUGAGUUUGAACCAAGAGUGGAGUAUUCAUGUGUCACUGCACGAAAUAGACACAAACUCAGACAAUGUUGAACUGAACGCGUAGACAUUUUGUAUACUUACAAAUGAGUCAAGCACAUUUCCAGAGCUGCAUAAUGAGACAUUUAUUUUUAAACCAGCUAAAACUUUGUUCAAAUAAAAAAAGAAAAUUAAAGUGCAUAUGACAGGUUAGAGUACUUUUCAUUAAAAUUGAGUUAACCUAAUUAUUUUUGAUUUUACC